GUUUUAGAAAUGUUCGGAAUGACGGGAGGAGGAAUGGGAGGAAUGGGAGGAAUGGGGCAGACAAAACAUUCCAUCCAGGAGUGUGUUCUAGUGGGAAGUGCUAACGCAGAACAAGCACGAGCUCUACACGCUAGACUAGAAUGUUACAGGGACUUUCAGACCGCCCACCCGAACAGGACGACUUUCACAAGACUUUCUACGCUCUAAAGUCCAGCAGCAACUCAGUUAAAGUGUCUGUCGUUAGAAAGCCUCUGGUGAAGGAUAAGAGUAGUAAAGGUGGAAUGGGCGUAACGAUACUGGAAUACCAAGGAACCCCUGAUACCCAGGCACACGAGAAGCUAGUAACAAGAACAGUAGUCAGAGCACACGUCGGAAAUAACCCCGUCAAAUUCCUCGCUGAUCUUGGAUUUAAAACGGAUUACGAGGUUGUCAUGAAAGGGAAGCGUUAUAGGACUAAACAUAUUGAGACCACCAUAUACAAGGUCCAAAAGGUACCAAAGGCAGGUGACACCAGCAACACCACCGACAUAUCCUCUCAGUGCCUAGUGGAGAUGUCCAUGCAGGUUCACAACUUAGCUGAUCCUACCAUUGUGGAACUCCUGAAUCUAGCUGAGACUCUAAAACCCAUCGUUAAGUUGGAGAAGUAUGAUCCUAACCGAGCAGCCACUAAUAAAUGAGGUUCAUACUUUGUUCACAGUGCCUAAAGUUUUAGUCACUGCUCAAUACUCAGCGGCUCUUGAAAAUCUUCUCGGAAUCUUAUGAUGGCCAAAUAAAAAUGAGAAUAAUGGUGAAUUUGCUAUUAAGAAAUCAACAGACAGUGUGGAUAAUUAUUAUAAAUCCCGUGUCGUAUUAUGAAUUAAGUUUACGAGGUGAUGAAAAGACGUGUAUUAGAUAAUAGAUGUCAUAUAUUAUAUAAUAAUAUGUAUAUUCCAGUAACUUAUCAUUUCGUAUUUGGUUGUACUUUAUUUAUAACAACUAGUUUAAUGUACUAUUAUUGUCAUUGCUUAAAUUAUAUUCUUUAUGAUUCGCUAUUGCCUUGAAAUGUGUUUAAGAAA